AUGGAAGAAAAUAAAAAAGGAAAAAAUUGGGAACAAAAUGAGGUGGUUUUUGAGAAUUUGACGUGUUCCCUUUCAGACAUUCUCAAAAUUGGGUCUGAUUUAAAAACUCCCAAAACAUCUUCUGAAAACAAUAUUUUGCAGGUAACAUUGGCGAAAGAAGUUAGCGUCGAAGUUAUUCCAAGUAUUAUCAAUUUGACAAUCGAGGAAUUCUACGAACUUGCAGGAAAAUAUAAAGAUGCAUUCACGGCGUAUAAAGUGAAAUAUUUUGAGGAUCGCAGCAGAUUCCAGGAAUUCACGUCAAAUUUGGUGAGGUUUUUAAAAAUUCAAAAUAAAAUAAUAUUGAGUUCAGAUCGCAAUUGCUAACAAUCUUCACACUUGCAUUGAAUCCACUGAAAAAUAUAUGCAACAAAUUCGACUUUCAAUGGAAGGCGAACAGAAUUCGAUUGGAAUUGCGAGUGGAACUGGAGCUAGAAGAGUUACACAACAACAGAUUAUUGAAAAUAUGGAUCAAUUGAAUACGCGAUGGAAUAAUGCGGUUACUAUUGCGUGAGUUGGUUUUUGGAAAAAAAAGGAAAAAAAAAGUUUUGGCACCAAAAAUAUAGAAAGAAAACAAUUUUCUGAAAUGCUCUAAUCCAAAAAUAUUAAAAAAAACAAUUUAAUAUCAAGCUAAGAUCUGUCAAAAAUCUCAAAGACAAUUUAUUUUCAGUGUAAAUUAUUUGCGAGAAGAAGUGAUGACCGAUAUUCAACCACAUUUAUCCGAACUUUUUUCACGAAAAUGGCUUGUUGGAUCAGCGGCUCUUGAGACAAUUUGUAUGACAAUCAGCGAUUAUCAUCACGAUCAUAAACAUCUUCGACCAGUUACACGAUGUGCACUUUUGAUGGAUUUGCAAUUUCGAAUUGUUAGUGAAUAUUUGAAGGCAAUUGAACAACGAAGAUUGACAUUUGCAUCAUAUGAUGAAAGAAGUUCGGCUGGAAAACGAAUGAAAAAUGAUGUGGGAAGAAUGGAAAAUAUGUUGGCUGAAUUUUCGAAUAAUCCUGAUAUGGAGGGACAGGUAAAUACAUUCUGGAAUCUCACUGUUCACUGUUAAUUAUUUUGCAGCUAACUUCUCUUAGCUCAAUUGUCUCAUGUGCCGGUGACGUCAUUUCGCUUAAAGACAAAUCUCUUCUCUCACUCGAAGCUACUUCAUUCGCUCGAAAAUUCCCGAAUUGUCCAUCCGAACUUCUUGCUGCAAUUCUUGCGACUCGUGAUGAUGUUGGAAGAAAUGAAGCAAAACAAUUAGCUGAUGAAGUCCUUCAACAUGUUCAAUUUCAUCCAAAAGAUCCGAUUUUCGAUCAACUUUUUGGUUUAAGACAACAAGAAAGUAGCGAAUGGGGUUUGCCAAAUUUUGGAAUGACUAAUGUAUUUUCGAAUUUCAUGAAAAAAGAAUAG